AUGGAUCAGAGGACAAUUGGUAUUUUGGGUGGAGGUCAGCUCGGGAGGAUGAUUGUAGAGGCAGCCAACAGAUUAAACGUUAAAACGGUUAUUCUAGAUGGGCCUAAUUCUUCUGCCAAACAGAUAAAUGCAGUUGGUGCUCACGUAGAUGGUUCUUAUAACAAUGCAGAUGCUAUUGCGAGGGUUGCCCAACGUUGUGAUGUAUUAACAGUGGAAAUAGAACAUGUAGAUGUGAAAACACUAGAAACAUUGCAGAUUAAACAUCCUAAAUUAGAGAUAUACCCUACGCCACAGACUAUCAGGUUGAUACAGGAUAAGUUCACACAGAAAGAGCACCUUAUUAAGAAUGGUAUUGCGGUGAGUGAAUCUAUUGAGAUUUCCGAUGCGUCCGUUAAGGCUCUUGAAGAAGUUGGCCGUAAGUUUGGGUAUCCCUAUAUGUUGAAAGCUAAGAGGCUUGCAUAUGACGGUAGGGGUAAUUUCGUAGUGGACAGUAAAGAUCGGAUUGGAGAAGCCUUACAAUUAUUAGGGGACAGAUCAUUAUAUGCAGAGAAGUGGGCACCAUUUAGCAUGGAACUUGCUGUGAUGAUUGUAAGAACGAUUGAUGGACAGGUUCACUCAUACCCUGUGGUUGAAACUAUUCAUCGAGAGAACAUCUGUCACUUAUGUUAUGCUCCUGCUCGGGUUCCAGAUUCAGUGAAAUUUAAAGCCAAGCUUCUUGCUGAAGAUGCAAUUAAAUCAUUCCCUGGGGCUGGUAUUUUCGGCGUAGAGAUGUUCUAUUUGCAAGAUGGGGGUUUGUUAAUUAAUGAAAUUGCACCUAGGCCACAUAAUUCAGGCCACUACACUAUUGAGGGCUGUGUAACUUCACAAUUUGAGGCACACGUCCGUGCUAUUUUAGGAUUACCAAUGCCCAAAGGCUUCUCGUCCUUUGCUACAUCUAACACGAAUGUCGUCAUGUUGAAUGUUCUUGGAGAUUCAUCUGAAAAAGACAAAGAGCUGAAGACGUGUAGACGUGCUCUAGAAACCCCGGGUGCUUCAGUUUACUUGUACGGUAAAGAGUCCCGCCCCAAGAGAAAAUUAGGUCAUAUCAAUAUUAUUGCAUCUUCUAUGCAGGCUGUGGAACGAAAGCUACAAUAUAUAACCGGUGAGUCAGAUUCAGCUUCAGAUAUUUCAGAGGAUCUUCCAACCGGCACCAAAAUUCCGGGUACUUCUUUGACUCCAUUAGUUGGUGUCAUAAUGGGAUCUGAUUCCGAUUUGCCAGUCAUGAGCAAGGCGUGUGAUAUAUUGGCUCAGUUUGGUGUGCCUUUCGAAGUGACAAUUGUAUCUGCACACAGAACACCGCACAGAAUGUCCAAAUAUGCAGUUGAAGCUUCCGAAAGAGGCUUAAAGGCAAUUAUUGCGGGAGCAGGAGGCGCCGCACACCUACCUGGAAUGGUGGCAGCUAUGACGCCCGUACCUGUAAUUGGUGUACCUGUAAAAGGUUCUACGUUAGAUGGGGUAGAUUCUUUGCAUUCUAUUGUCCAGAUGCCUCGAGGCGUUCCUGUUGCAACCGUGGCUAUUAAUAACAGCACCAACGCGGCUUUGUUAGCAGUUAGAAUACUCGGUGCCUGUGAGCCAAGAUAUCAAGAUUUGAUGCAGCAGUUUCUAUUGAAACAAGAGCAGGAGGUUCUUGAGAAGGCUGAGAAGUUAGAAACCAUAGGAUACGCAGCAUACUUGGACAAAUGA